AAUCCUUUCUGUAUUAGCGAUGGUCGUGGAGAUUAUAGGAGGCAUACUAGCAAACAGCCUAGCUGUGUUCACGGACGCAAGUCACUUGCUAGUUGACACAUUUGGAUUCUCCAUAUCUCUCUACUCAUUGCGGGUUUCGGGACGGGUGACCACUCCUGAACACUCCUUUGGAUUCCAAAGGGGGGAAGUUUUAGGUUCACUUUUGAAUGUGGUCUUGAUAUGGGGUGUCUCUCUGGUCUUGAUCUACCGUGCCGUGGAGAGAAUUUUCCACAAAAACGUUGAAGUUAAUGGGAGACUGAUGUUUGCAACUGCAGCGUUUGGUUUCCUUAUUAACUUGGUCUCGGUUUGGGUGCUUGGUCAUCACCAUCAUCACGACCACGACCAUCACCGCCGGACCCACAAUCUAGAUGAUGAGCACAACCAAGAGCUGCAAGUGCUCAAUCGAGAUGAGAGUAGGCCGAUGCCAAUACCUUCAACCUCUUCAUCUGCAGGAGAGAGGAAAACAACAAACAUGAGUGUUGAUGCGGCUUACGUGCACACCAUUUGUGAUUUGAUUCAAUCUAUUGGAGUGAUGAUUGCUGGAGGCAUCAUGUGGUGGAAGCCAAAGUGGUUUCUAGUCGACCUGGCUUGCACACUUAUCUUCUCAGUGAUAUCCCUUUAUACAACGAUAAAGAUUGGUAGAGAGGCGGUCUGGAUCUUGAUGGAGAAGGUGCCGCAUGAAGUCGAUAUUGCCAUUCUAAAGAAUGGUUUGAAAGACAUCCGCGGAGUUCACGAUGUCCAUGACCUGCAUGUCUGGUCCAUCACUACAGGGAGGAUUGUUUUGGCAUGCCAUGUUGUGGUUGAGCCGGGGGUGGACCCUAGUGACGUGCUUGGUAGGGUGUUUCAUGAUUAUUUUGGGAAUGUGAUGAUAAUUGCAAACAGUUAGAUGUAAAAAUACGUCUGUCACCAAGCAAGAAAAAUU